AUGACUAUUGUUUUGCGUUAUGUCGAUAGUCUUGGCAUUGUGAAAGAAAGAUUCAUAGGUCUAGUGCACGUGAAGGAUACAUCUUCUUUGACACUCAAAAACGCCAUAAAUGAAGUAUUUACAAGUAAUAACUUGAGUUUUAGUCAGAUAAGAGGACAAGGUUAUGAUGGGGCUAGCAAUAUUCGAGGGGAAUUCAAUGGUUUGAAAGCUUUGAUAUUACAAGAGAAUGACACGGCUUUUUAUUUUGUGCCUCGUUUAAAAGAAAAGACUUACUAUGAGAGCAAGAAAGAGAAAGGGUGCAAAAAGGCUUGUGUGGUGGUGAACUUGAAACCGGAAGAUGAUGUUAUUGUAGUUUUAGAUUUUGUGAAAGAGGAGGGAGGGUCAUUGGCAAACCGUCAACAAGCAUCUGGAAUCUUAGCAUAUUUUAAAUCAUAUGAGUUUGUGUUUUACUUUCAUAUGAUGUAUGACAUUUUACACCUCACGGGUACAUUGUCAAAGCAACUUCAAAGAAAAGAUCUAGACAUUUUAGAAGCGGCUUCGAUGGUUAGAGGGACAAUGGAGGCAUUACAAUCUUUUAGAAACAUAGGGUUUGCUAGCAUUUUGCCAAAAAAGUUGUGUAUUGGUGCGAGAAACCGUAGGACUACAAAGACUAAUAGGUUUCAUUUUGAGGUUGAAAUCUUCAACACGGUGGUAGAUAUGCAACUUACAGAAUAUCGCGAUCGAUUUAGUGAAACAAGCACCCAAUUACUAGAAUACAUGGGUGCUUUGAGCCAUUGUGAUUCAUUUGCACAAUUUGACAAAUCAAAGUUAUUGAAGUUGGGUAAGUUAUACAAGUAUGACUUUGAUGAUUCAGAUAUGAUAGACCUUGAAGGACAACUUGAGAUAUUUUAUCACUCUUGCAACAAAGAUGAGCGCUUCACUAGUUUGAAAGGAAUUUCCGGCCUUUCUCGUUUGAUGGUUAGUACGGGGAAGCAUCGGUCUUAUCAUUUGGUUUAUAAGCUAUUAAAGUUGGCUUUGAUAUUACCCGUAGUGACCGCAAGUGUAGAAAGAUGUUUUUCAAAUAUGAAGCUCUUGAAGACCGACUUGCGUAACAAAAUUGGCGAUAAAUUUUUGAACGACGCAUUGCUUUGUAACGUCGAGACCGAAACACUUGCGAAAGUUGAGAAUGAAAAAGUAAUUGAGCGGUUUCAAAAGAUGUAUGAACGAAGAGGACAAAUUUAA